AUGCUCGAACUUGGCACGGAUGGUUUGCUGCAGGAGUUCACUCCUGAGGAGAUCGCUAUGCUCAAGGAGCGAUGGGCUGGGGUUGAUAUUUUCAAGGAUGUUUUUGACAACCUCGGUAUGAUUGGCCAACUACUCACGUUGAAGGAUAAGGCCACUUCCAAGUUGUAUAUUGCGGUGAAUACUCAUCUUUAUCACAGCCCUAAGGCGCCCCAUGUGAAGGUUUUGCAGACGCAUAUGAUCAUGAAGGCACUUGAACGACUGCUGGCUGAGAUCCCUGAGGCUGUUCCUAUCUUCUGCGGAGAUCUCAACUCUUCCUUCCCUGCUGAAGUUGUUGUGGACUACAUCACGAGAGGGGAUAUGCCUGCUGACCAUCGGGACUGGCGAAACGGCCCGUUUUUCACCUGGACGAACCGCGAGUGUGAAGGUGCUGAUCGAUCGACCGUCAAGGGCCCUCUCGGAAUACCAUUACACCACGGUGUUAAGAACCUCGAGCAUGUUCCUGAGGAGGGAUACACGAACGCCGUUUGUGGUUGGGCGGGAAUCAUCGAUCACAUCUUCUAUGACCGUCGUCACCUUCGUCCAGUGUGGAGUCUACCUAUACUAUCUAAGGCUGAUAUCGAGUCUUGCAAUGGUGCUCUACCGUAUAAGUCCUAUGGCAGCGACCAUUGCAUGCUCACUACUGAAUUCCAAACAUUACUGUGA